AGCGGCAGCAGCUGAGAGUAACUGUACGCCGCCAUCUUCACACCACUGUCAAGCUGCUUCUGAUGAGGAUGCAUCACUUCCGGUCAAUGAGUUCAAAAUAAAAGUAUCUGGAACAGAGUAAAUACCACACAACUUCCGGAAAAAGAUGACGUCGAGCCGCAGGAAUCACCUCAAGAGUUUGCUGCUGCAGAUCGGCGAGUCGAUGCUGGAGGAGGAGGCGAAGGAGGCUGAGAGAGAGAAGCUGCAGUACAUGGAGGAGAACUGCCCGUCUCUGUCCAUCUCCGGAGGCCUGCAGGAGCUCCAGGAGCUGUGCCGCAAACUCCACAAGCAGAUCGACGCUGUGGACGACGAGCGAUACGACAUGGAGCUCAAAGUGAAAAAGUCAGACAAGGAGGUUGAAGACCUGAAGAUGAUGGUUCAGGACCUGAAGGGGAAGUUUAAGAAGCCGGCUCUGAGGAAGGUGCGGAUGUCUGCCGACGCCAUGCUCUCCGCUCUGCUCGGCUCCAAACACAAAGUGUCUGUGGACCUGAGAGCCAACCUGAAACAGGUCAAGAAGGAGCUGAAAGAGGAGGAGAAGCAAACAGGCGACUGGAGGAAGAACAUCGAAGACAAGGCCGGCAUGGACGGCAGGAAGAAGAUGUUCGAGACAGAGGCUUAA